CAUUUCCGAGGAAAAACACCUUGAACAAUCCUAAGAAAAUGAAAACCAUAUUUUUGUUGAGUCUUGCCAUUAUUGUGGUCGCCGCAAAUGACGUACCUGUUUUAGGUGGAGUACAAAACUUAAGUGGCGACGACAUAAAUUCAGCAAAAGAAGCUUUGGAACUGUCUUUAACUAAAUUGGCCGCAGGCGAGGGUCCAAGUUAUAAGCUCUCUAAAAUUUUAUCAGCAACAUCUCAAGUAGUUUCUGGUAUUGCCUAUAAAAUAAAGGCUGAACUAAUUGAUUCCAAUGAUGCUACAAAAAUCUGCAAUAUCGGUAUUUGGAGUCAAUCUUGGUUGGAAAAUGGAAUCGAAGUUACUUUUGAAUGUGAUGGCGAGGAAAAAUUAGUGCGAAAACAUAGUGCUUAAGAAAAUUGUUGUUAAUAGAGACUAUUUAGAUGUAAAAUAUUAAAUAAAAUAUGAA